UACAAAACUGUAAACUAAAUUUUUUUCUCUCCCCAGAAAUCAUCAUAAAUAUAUAAGCAUAUUGUUGUGAUGGGUAGUUUGCACAGCCGCCAGAAUGCUGGCGUUCAGGUCUUGGAUUUUGGAGGAGCAAACAAUGCAUAUAGAUACCCUCCAAGAAUGGGCAACUACUUCAGCAACCACUUCAUCAUGGGAGGUGAACGCUUUGACACAGCGGUGCCUGAAAUGUAUCUUUUUGGAGAGAAUAUGGACCUGAAUUUCCUUGGGUCAAGGCCUUCUCCUUUCCCGUACCCCGCGCCCUCAUCAAGCGAGCCGAGCAAGACGCUCAAGGCUCUGAUCAACAUCAGGAAGGAGAGCCUCAAGCUUGUCAAGGUCCAUGAAGAAAACCACUCCCUGAAGAGCAGCGAGACCAUCGAUGCUGCCAAGACCACAGACCCUGAGAACAAUUUAAAGGGAGCCAUAGACCCUCCCGCUCAGCCCGCAGACCAGACGGCCUUCAAUAUAGAGUUCACUUUUGAUUGUGAUGUCCGCUGUGCUAUCACCAUCAUGUAUUUCUGCAAGGAGGAGAGCACCAGUCAGGGUCUGCAACGAGUAGAUUAUCGCGCCAUGCCUACGGAGUCGACGCACUUGUUCUACCCCGGCAGCCACGACGAGUCGGACCUCCUGUAUUUCUUCGAGCGCGACGUGUUCCCUGUGGUGAUCCACUGCGUCGCUGAGGAGGGCGAGGAACCGCGACAAAGUCAAGCCACCAUCGGCGUCGUGGAGAAACAUUCGGACGGCUACAUUCUCAAGGCCCUCAAGCAGAAGCUCUUCGUGCACGGCCUGUGCUACCUACUGCAGGAGAUCUACGGCAUCGAGAAUAAGAACUCCGAGUGCCAGAAGAACAGCGACGACGAGGCCGAAGACAACGGCGCUGAGUGCGUGAUUUGCAUGAGCGACUUGCGGGACACGCUUAUCCUGCCGUGUCGGCAUUUGUGUUUGUGUAAUUGCUGUGCCGACUCUCUUAGAUAUCAGGCCAAUAACUGCCCCAUUUGUCGCGCCCCUUUUAGGGCUUUACUGCAGAUAAAAGCCCUGCAAAAAACAGGAUGUGGAGGCAGUCUCUCCGUGCAGGAUGGUGCUGACGUGCCACCUGGCUACGAGGCCGUGAGCCUCAUUGAGGCUUUAAAUGGACCAUCUGUUGCACCACCUGUCCAGCCCUCAGCGCCUACAAAUAAUGAUCUCUACGUACGUCUUCCCCAGUAUCCCCUCACCCCCACGUCCAAGUCCACCCCCCACAGGGAGCCUGGGGAAAGAACCACCGCAAAUCUCGAGGACUCGACCACACAGACGGAGGGCAACGAUCUCCAUCACGUCAGGAUGUCGGAUUUACUCGCGUCCGAAGCUGCUGAAAAUUAUAUCACGUCUCAAAAUCCCGGACGGGAUUACUCGGAGCUUCCGGGUACAAUAUCCACGGCUGCUUCGCCUGACACUCGCCCUAAAAGCCGGAAAAAUCCCCGCAAGUUUGACCCCAACAAGCGACAGCUGUCCGCGGACUCGGUCAAGAUGGUCAACGAACUGCAGGGUCAG